AUGCCUGUUGUCAGCCCAGAGAAGCUCGUAGGGCUUCAGUCCAAGUCGGACGAUGUUCGCAACAUCUGUAUUCUGGCUCACGUUGAUCAUGGUAAAACAUCACUGACCGAUGCAUUGAUUGCCACAAAUGGCAUCAUCUCACCCAAAAUGGCCGGCAAGAUUCGGUACUUGGAUUCAAGACCGGAUGAACAACUGAGAGGUAUCACCAUGGAAUCCUCGGCCAUUUCGCUUUACUUUUCCAUGCUCAGGAGAUCCGCGCCAGACGCUGCGCCAGUACCCAAGGAGUACCUCAUUAACCUAAUAGAUUCACCUGGCCACAUUGACUUCAGCAGUGAGGUCUCUACGGCGUCCAGAUUGUGUGACGGUGCUAUCGUCCUGGUCGAUGCAGUUGAGGGUGUAUGCAGUCAGACCGUCACGGUGCUCCGUCAAAGCUGGGAAGAAAAGCUUAAGCCUCUAUUGGUGAUCAACAAGAUGGACCGACUGGUGACGGAAUUAAAGAUGACGCCGGGCGAGGCAUACAUACACCUGAGCAAACUUCUGGAGCAGGUGAAUGCAGUCUUGGGAAGUUUCUUCCAAGGAGAGCGCAUGGAGGAGGAUCUCAACUGGCGCGAGCAGAUGGACCAAAGAGUAGCCGCUGCCGCGGCCAAGGAGGCUGAGCUCGCUAGUCAAGUAACAGAAAGCGACGAGCUGCAAUUCCAGGAGCGGGAUGACGAGGAGAUCUACUUUGCCCCGGAGAAGAAUAACGUCAUCUUCAGCAGCGCUAUCGACGGCUGGGCUUUUACCGUUCGCCAGUUCGCCAGCUUGUAUGAGAAGAAGCUCGGGAUCAAGAGAAACAUCAUGGAAAAGGUCUUGUGGGGUGAUUUCUAUUUAGAUCCCAAGACGAAGAAGGUUCUCGGUCGCAAGCAUCUCAAAGGUCGGAAUCUCAAGCCCAUGUUCGUUCAACUCGUGCUAGAGCAGGUCUGGGCUGUAUACGCCGCCACCACGGGUGGUGACAAUGGAAAAGGUGAUCCAGCACUGCUGGAGAAGAUCACAAAGUCUCUCAACAUUACCGUGCCUCCCCAUAUCGCACGCUCAAGGGACCCCCGCUUACUACAGAACGCUGUAUUUGCGUCCUGGCUACCACUAUCAACAGCUUUGUUGGUAUCUGUCAUAGAAUCCUUGCCUUCACCCAGAGUGGCACAAGCUGAGCGCCUCCCAGAGCUCCUUGAGGACUCGCCUGGGUCAAGUCACAUCGACAGUAACAUCAAGGAGGCAAUGAUUCAAUUCAAGACGGCGAAGUCGGACCCCGUCGUGGCUUACGUCAGUAAGAUGGUAUCGAUACCAGAGAGCGAGUUGCCACAGAACAAGCGGAAAGCAGGCCAACUCAGCCCUGAAGAAGCACGUGAGCUCGCAAGGAAGAAGCGUGCAGAAUUAGCAAGGGCACAACAAGCCGAAGCGAAUGAUGCAAACGACCUGACACAAGCCCUAGCGGAUGUGUCUCUUGACGAUAUUGUCAAAGAGCCAGAGGAAAAAGAGAUUGACCCAGAGCACUUGAUCGGAUUCGCAAGAAUGUAUUCUGGUACCCUCUCUGUGGGCGAUGAGCUUUAUGUAUUGCCACCAAAAUUCACUCCCGCAAAUCCACACGCAUCUCCCGAACCGAAAAAGGUUACAGUCACAGCACUGUACAUGUUGAUGGGCCGCAAUUUAGAGUCUUUGGACUCGGUGCCAGCUGGUGUAGUUUUUGGCAUCGGCGGUCUUGAAGGACACAUUCUCAAGUCCGGCACACUAUGCAGUCAGCUAGAAGGCUCAGUGAACCUGGCUGGUGUCAAUAUGGCAGGCAAGCCCAUUGUGCGUGUGGCUCUGGAGCCUGCUUGGCCUGGCGAUCUCGACAAGAUGAUCCAUGGUCUAAAGCUACUUGUCCAGAGUGACCCUUGCGCCGAGUAUGAACGCUUCGGCAGUGGUGAGCAUGUGCUUCUCACAGCAGGCGAACUUCACCUGGAACGUUGCUUGACAGAUCUCAAGGAGCGAUUUGCACGAUGCGACAUCCAGGCAGGCGAACCCAUUGUACCUUACAGAGAAACCACCGUCCGGGCCGAGGAGAUGAAGCCACCGGCAAACAAGGAACUCGGGCGCGGUGCUGUCGUUGGGGUAACAAACUCGAAGCAAGUGAGCAUCACAUUGAGGGUUCGGCCACUGCCUCAAAACGUCACGACAUUCCUUUUGAAGAAUUCAGGAGCAAUCAAGAAGCUCUAUUCCGAGCACAUCGUCCAGGAUGAAGACGAAGCCAACAAUGGAGAAGAGGGUCAAGUGGUGAUUGAGGCCGACAGCGAUGUUCUUGAAGGAAAGAGUCUUUCAGUCGAGGAUUUGAAAAAACAACUGCAGGAAGCUCUUGAGAAAGGCAAGGGUCGUGAAAUGUGGAAGGGCACCGUGGAUCAGAUUGCCGGUUUUGGUCCCCGGAGAACAGGACCUAAUCUUCUGCUGGACGCGACUCAAGCUGGCUGUCUUGCCAAGGUCUUUGGAGCCGCAGACGCCGGUGAAGCACCGGCAGUCAGCGAGAAGUUGAGUGCUGCACACCUGCGAGACAAGAUCAGUUAUGCCUUCCAGCUCGCAACUAAUCAAGGACCCUUAUGCAACGAGCCUGUACAAGGUAUUGCUGUCAUUGUUGAGGACGUUACCAUUAUUCCUACGGAGGAUGAAACCUCAGCAAGGGAUAGCCUGGGCAGGCUUACAGGUGAGGUUAUCAAGACGGUACAAAACUCCAUCCGCCAAGGCUUCCUUGACUGGUCGCCAAGACUGAUGCUCGCCAUGUACUCGUGCGAGAUUCAAGCCAGUACUGAGGUCUUGGGCCGAGUCUACGAUGUGCUCACCCGCCGCCGUGGUCGAGUGAUUGCAGAGUCAAUGAAGGAGGGAACACCGUUCUUCACCAUCUCUUCGGUCCUUCCGGUAGCAGAGUCGUUUGGAUUUGCCGACGAGAUGCGGAAGCGCACAUCCGGCGCCGCGCAACCACAGCUCAUCUUCACAGGUUAUGAGAUUCUCGACCAGGAUCCCUUCUGGCAGCCCUUUACCGAGGAUGACUUGGAAGAUCUUGGAGAGCUGGCUGACAAGGAGAAUGUGGCCAAGAGGUACAUGGACGGUGUGCGGAAAAAGAAGGGACUUUUGGUGGAAGGAAGGGCAGCACGAAGCGAGGGCAGCAAGCAAAAGACUCUCAAGCGAUAG